AUGACCGAAGCCAAGACCAGAUACCCCCGAAUGGAAAAAUUGGCNAUGGAGGCACCCAAGACUCUGAAGCAACUUCAGUGCCUCAAUGGCAGGAUUGCAGCCCUGAACCGGUUUGUUUCAAGGUCAACCGAUAAGUGCCUUCCUUUCUUCAAAAUCCUAAGAAAGAAGGGGCCGUUCGAAUGGACAGAAAAGCGCGAGCAAGCAUUUCAGCAGUUGAAGAGUUAUCUCUGCUCGGCACCUUUGCUCGCCAAGCCAUUGCCAGGAGACAAGCUUCACUUGUACCUGGCAGUGUCUGACAGCGCCGUCAGCUCGGCCCUAGUCAAACAAGAGGAAGCGCAGCAAAGUCCGGUCUAUUACACAAGCAAGGCCAUGACCGAAGCCGAGACCAGAUACCCUCAAAUGGAAAAAUUGGCUCUCGCUUUGGUCACCUUGGCCCGGCGGCUUAGACCAUACUUCCAAGCCCACACUGUGGUGGUGCUCACUAACUUGCCCUUGAAAAACGUCUUCCAUAAGCCAGAAACUUCUGGACGCUUGAUGAAGUGGGCAAUGGAGCUGAGUGAGUACGACGUUCAGUUCGAACCCAGAAGUACGUUGAAAGGACAAGCAGUGGCAGAUUUCAUAGCCGAGCUCACGCCACCUCCCGAGCCAAGCGAGUCCGACCCCUCGUGGACGAUCUAUGUCGACGGAUCCUCCAGCGAGAAGGGGUGCGGGGCCAGAGUCCUCUUGCUCGCACUAGGAGGCGAGUGGUUUGAGUAUGCCCUGCGAUUCAGCUUCUGGACUUCCAAUAACGAGGCCGAGUAUGAAGCACUUAUUGCCGGUCUGCGAAUUGCUAGGGCGUUGGGGGCCUCUUGUAUUAAGGYCUUCAGCGACUCCCAGCUGGUUGUGAGCCAGAUUAAGGAGGAGUACGAAGCCAAAGACUCCCGAAUGGAGAAAUAUCUGAGCAAGGUCAGAUCGUACCUCACCCAGUUUAGAACCUCCGAAGUAAGCCGGGUUCCUCGAGCAGAAAAUUCUAAUGCUGACGCCUUGGCUAAGUUAGCAUCAGCGUAUGAGACCGAUCUAGUCAGGUCGGUCCCCGUCGAGAUCCUGGAUAAUCCCUCGAUCUUGGAGCCAGAUCAGAUGGAGAUUGACGCUCUGGAGCCCUCGUGGAUGGAUCCAAUCGCGGACUUCAUCAGAGGAAAUUCACCACAAGACCCCAAGGAGCACAAAAAGAUGGCGAGAAAAGCAGCUCCGUUCAUAAUCCGAGAUGGAGCGUUGUACCGACGCAAUUUCUCCCUGCCUCUGCUGAAAUGCCUAACCCUAGAGGAAGGCCUGUAUGUCCUCAAGGAGAUCCACGAGGGAUUGUGUGGUAAUCAUUCAGGCGCCAGGUCGCUGUCGGCCAAGGUAGUCCGGCAAGGAUAUUACUGGCCUACUCUCGAUCAGGAUGCCAAGGAGUUUGUACGAACUUUUGACAACUGCCAGCGGUUCGGAAACAUAAUCCACCAACCACCCGAGCUGCUCACCCCCAUUUCGGCCCUGUGGCCAUUCGUGCAGUGGGGGAUAGACAUCAUCGGUCCCUUCCUUUUGGGCAAAGGACAUACCAAGUUUGCCGUUGUUGCUGUGGACUACUUCACAAAGUGGGCCGAGGCUGGAGUACUUUCCCAUAUUACAGAGUCCAGAGUCACGUCCUUCGUAUGGGUAAACAUUGUAUGUCGUUUCGGUAUACCACAUGCCAUCGUGACAGACAACGAAAAGCAAUUCGACAACGUAAAUUUCAAGGACUUUUGCAGAAAGCUGGGCAUAAGUCACCUCAGUUCGUCCCCUGCACAUCUGCAAGCGAACGGGCAGGUGGAGGCAGUAAAUAAGAUCAUCAAACGAGGCAUCAAACUGAGACUGGACUCCAGGAAAGGCAGGUGGGCCAAUGAGCUACCGGAGGUCCUGUGGUCUUACCGAACCACCCAAAGAGAGUCAACGGGUGAGACCCCGUUCUCACUGGCCUUUGUCUCCGAAGCCGUUGUUCCAGUUGAGAUUGGCAUGACAUCUGACAGAGUGGCGCAUUACGAGCCCACAGUAAAUGAGGAAGAGCUACUUCUCAACCUCGACUUAUUGGAAGAAAGAAGAGAAGUGGCCCAGCUACGCCUGACGGAAUACUAA